UCUUUCCAAGUUCUCAAUCAACUAUUAUUGGAAGGAGGACAUACAAUACUAAUAUUAAUACUUAUCAAGCAAAUUAUCUAAGCUUUCGUCUUUGGCCAAAUUUGUGUUCCAGAAGAACAAAAUUAAGGAGCCAAGCAAUGGAUCCUUCACGUCAUUUGGCUGAUUUUGAACCAACACUUUGGGGAGACCAUUUUCUCUCCUACACUCCUCAACAAACAGAAAUUAGUAGCCAAGAGAAAGUUGAAGUUGAUGAAUUAAAAGUGAUGAUCAGGAAAACGUUGGUGGAAACUCCUGACAAUAGUACACAAAAACUUGUGUUGAUAGACAGAAUUCAACGAUUGGGAGUAGCAUAUCAUUUUCAUAAUGAAAUCGAAAUAUCCAUUAAAAACAUUUUUGAUUCUCAACUACAGAGUGAGACUAAUGAUGACAAUCUUCACGUUGUUGCUCUUCGUUUUCGACUACUGAGGCAACAACGCCAUUACAUCUCUUCUGAUGUGUUCAAGCAAUUCAUGGAUCAUAACGGAAAUUUCAAGGAAACACUUAUUAAUUAUGAUGUCCAAGGAUUAUUGAGUUUGUAUGAAGCAUCACAUAUGAGAAUGCACGAUGAGGAGAUUCUUGAGGAAGCUCUUAUCUUUACCACCACUCGUCUCGAGUCCCUACUCCCCAACUUGACCAAUAACUCACUUAAGAUUCAAGUUACUGAAGCGUUAAGUCAGCCUAUUCAUGAAACAGUACCAAGGGUAGGAGCAAGAAAAUACAUACACAUUUAUGAAAACAUCAAAUCACAUAACGAUUUACUAUUGAAAUUCGCGAAAUUGGAUUUUAACAUGUUGCAAAAGGUGCAUCAAGACGAGCUUAACGAGAUAUCAAGGUGGUGGAAAGAUUUGGAUAUUGCAAACAAAUUACCAUAUGCAAAAGACAGAUUUGUGGAGAGUUACUUUUGGAUAAUUGGAUUGUCUGUUGAGCCCCAAUAUAGUCGAUUGAGAAGAAUGUUAACAAAAGUAGUCAACAUGAACUCUAUUGUUGAUGAUACUUACGAUGCUUAUGGAACCCAUGAUGAACUUGUGUUUCUUACUAAUGCAAUUGAGAGAUGGGACAUAAGUGUUAUGGAUUCAUUACCACCAUAUAUGAGAAUUAUUUAUCAAGAACUUCUCAAUAUCUACGAUGAAGCAGAAGAAGUAUUGGCCAAAGAAGGCAAAUCGAAUAGCGUAAUCUACUAUGCAAAAAAUGAGUGGAAAAAAUUGACGGCUGCCUAUAUGAAGGAAAGUGAUUGGUUGAAUGCUGGUUAUAUUCCAAAAUGUGAUGAAUAUAUGAAAAAUGCAGUAAUAACAGCUACAUGUAUGCUUUAUGUAACAAAUUCCUUGGUUGGCAUGGACAAAUUGUAUAUGACCAAAGAGAAUAUUGAGUGGCUAACAAAUGGGCUUUUGGUUGCACGUUCUGCUGGAGCAAUCUGUCGAUGUAUGGAUGAUAUUUCUGAUCAUGAAGUUAAUCAACAAAGAGGACAUGUUGCUUCAAUUGUUGACUGCUACAUAAAAGAAUAUGAAGUUUCAAAGGAGGAGGCGCAUGUUGAGAUUCGGAAGAUGGUCACGAAUGCAUGGAAGGAUAUAAAUAAGGAAUUCCUUUUUCAUAAGGAUGUACCAUUUUUCGUCCUUGAACUAGGUUUAAAUUUUGCGCAAUUGGUAGAUACAACUUUUGGAGAUGGUCAUGACGAAUUUAGGCUUCAUGACGAAUAUACAAGUCCCAAAUCCGAAACUAAAAAGAUGCUUAGUUUGUUGCUUGUUGAAUCCAUCAAUAUAUGACAACAAUGCAGA